AUGGAAGGUAAUUUUUCUUAUCAGAAUGGGGAGCAAAACAGGGAACAAGAUUUUCAAAAACUUUCCCAGACAAUAGGUACAAGCAUUCAAAAAAUAUCCCAAAAUGUUUCCUCAAUGCAACGUAUGGUCAACCAAAUUGGAACACACCAAGAUUCCCCUGAAUUGCGAAAGCAAUUGCAUUCCAUCCAGCAUUAUACACAACAGCUAGUAAAAGACACCAACGGCUACAUCAAAGAUUUGAGUAAUGUCCAACCUUCGCUCUCUCAAUCGGAGCAGAGGCAGAGGAAAAUGCAGAAAGAGAGGCUGCAGGACGAGUUCACCAGCACGUUAAACAUGUUCCAGCAAGUCCAAAGGAGCACCGCCUCCAAGGAAAAGGAACAAGUCAAUAAAGCCAAAGCUCAGGCUUACGGCGAACCACACCUCGUCGGCUACAAAUCGAAGGACCAGCAGCUCAUAGAAUUACAGGAUAACAGUACGAGACAGUUGCAAUUGCAAGAGCAGGAGGAUUUGAGAGCUUUGGAAGAACAAGAACAGUCCAUUAGGCAGUUAGAAAGCGAUAUCAACGACGUAAAUCAAAUAUUCAAGGAAUUGGGAUCGUUAGUGCACGAGCAAGGUGAAGUUAUAGAUAGUAUCGAAGCGAGCGUGGAACAUACGACUGAUUACGUGAGCCAAGGGGCGAUGCAACUGCGCGAGGCCAGUACGUAUAAAAACAAAGUAAGAAGGAAGAAAUUGAUAUUUGCGGCGAUCGGGGCCGUUAUUUUGUUGAUCAUCAUCAUAAUUAUUAUAUUGGAGGUGAAGAAUUGA